AUGCAAAUAAAACUCAAUGGCUGCUACGCCAUCUAUUCGUGGCACUGGGAUAUUCCCGAGGACGAGGUCUGCGGUAUCUGCCGUGUAUCCUUUGAUGGGACGUGCACAACUUGCAAAUACCCUGGAGAUGAGUGCCCACUAGUCAUUGGAGAAUGUCAGCAUGCUUUCCACAUGCACUGCAUCUGGAAGUGGUUGGAGACAGAGACCGCCAAAGGGCUGUGUCCGAUGUGCAGACAGCCGUUCACCAUGGACAAGGACAAGGACGUCAAU